AUGGUUUUGUCAGAACUUCAAUCUCUUUGGGUGUCUACUAAAUCAUUCCAACCCUCUCAGGAUAUCAAUCCAUUUUCUCUUAGAGAAUCCUCAAACACAGCCAACGAACCCAACCACCAUCAACUGAAACUUUUCUUCCCGAAAUUUGAUGGAGAGGACCCGCAGGGAUGGGUGUACAAAGCAGAACAAUAUUUUGAGUUCCAGGGAGUUCCUGCUAACCAACAAGUUACGUUGGCAUCAUUCCAUUUGGAGGGAUUGGCCCUCCAAUGGCAUAGGUGGUUCAUGAAAUUUCGUGGGCCAAUAUCUUGGAAAGAGUUUACAAAAGCCAUUCUCCUACGCUUCGGACCAACUGAAUUCGAAGAUCCUUCCGAAGCUUUGACUCGUCUACGACAGACCACCACAGUAGAGGCUUACCAGCAGAACUUUGAGAAAUUAUCCCACCGAAUUGACAGAUUGCCGGAAUCAUUUUUAAUUGGGUGUUUUAUUGCAGGCUUAAGAGAUGACAGUCGCUUAGAUGUUAAAAUCAAACAUCCACCAACUUUGACCGAAGCCAUAGGGGGAAAUUCCACACAGGGAUUACUUGGACCUCCACCUUCUCAGAAAUCCACACCCAACAUCACUCCCACUACUCUCCGACGUAUAACCCCACAAGAAGCUCGUGAACGACCUGAAAAAGGCUUGUGUUAUUACAGUGAUGAAAAAUUUGUUUCUGGCCAUCGUUGUGCCCAACCUCAGCUCUUCAUGAUAGGCGAUGAUGUUGAGACCACUGAAGGAAAUCUAGAAGACAUGGCAACAGAGGAGCCCGAAGGAACUACACCCGAAAUCUCGUUCCAUGCCAUAGCAGUACUCAUCGAUGGUGGGAGUACCCAUAAUUUCAUCGAUCAAGCAGUGGUCACCAAAUAUGGCUUACCUGUUGAGAAAAGCAAGAAGUUUCAUGUUAUGGUAGCCAACAAAGAGAGAAUUGAAUGUGCUGGUCUCUGCCAUGCACUCACCAUGAAAAUUCAGGGGUGUCCCGUGACUGCAGAUUAUUACGUGCUUCCUGUGGCGGCUUGUCCGAUAGUUCUGGGUGUCGAAUGGCUUGAUACACUUGGACCGAUCGAAACCGAUUAUGCCCGCCUCACUAUGACAUUCAAACAAGAUGGGAUCAUUCAUACUUUUCAAGGAGUCCAACAAGGACUAGAAGUCCUUUCUCAGAAGGAAUGCCAAAGCUCCCACGGGUCAGUAGGAUUGGGUACAGGAUUCUUCCUCCAGCUGGUUGCCACGUCAGCCACCAAAAAAAUCUCAACCCACCCACCAGAAUUAGAUAGACUCCUCUCCAAAUUUCCAGUAGUCUUCCAAAAUCCUACGACUCUUCCACCACAGAGAUCCCAUGACCACCGAAUUCAACUUAUGGCGAAUAAUCCUCCUGUGAAUGUGCGUCCCUACCGUUACCCACACUAUCAAAAGGCCGAAAUAGAGAAAAUUGUUCGUGAACUUCUCCAAACAGGACUCAUACGUCCCAGCCACAGUCCGUUCUCUUCACCGGUGUUAUUAGUUAAGAAAGCAAGUGGGGAGUGGCGGUUUUGCGUGGAUUACCGAGCACUUAACAGUAUCACUAGUAAAGAUAAAUAUCCCAUACCCGUGAUUGACGAGUUACUGGAUGAGCUCCACGGUGCCCAAUUUUUUUCAAAAUUGGAUUUACGAUCCGGGUACCAUCAGAUUCGCGUACACGAAGCCGACAUUCCCAAGAUGGCGUUUUGGACUCAUGAAGGCCACUACGAGUUUGUCGUAAUGUCUUUUGGCCUCACCAAUGCACCAGCCACGUUUCAAAGCUUGAUGAACGACAUCUUCCGACCUUACCUAUGGAAAUUCAUUCUGAUAUUCUUUGAUGACAUUUUGGUUUUUUCUAAAAGUUGGGAGGAACAUCUGAUCCAUCUCCAUACAGUUCUCUCCAUUCUUGCCGCUAAUCACUUGUUUGCAAAGGAGUCAAAAUGUGUUUUUGGGGUGACUACUGUUGAAUAUCUGGGCCACAUAAUUUCUUCAGCAGGAGUAAGUGCUGACCCUGUCAAGGUGCAAAACGUUCGAGAAUGGCCAACCCCGUCGACCAUCCGGGAGGUUCGUGGAUUUCUGGGUUUAGCCAGAUAUUAUCGGAAGUUCAUUAAACACUUCGGAGGCAUUGCAGCGCCUCUCACUAAAUUACUCAGCAAGGAAGGAUUUCAUUGGACUCAAGAGUGCGACGUUGCUUUCCAACAGCUGAAGACGGCACUAACCACAGCCCCUGUUCUGGCACUUCCAGAUUUUUCACAGCCUUUUGUUAUUGAGUGUGAUGCUAGUGGAAUUGGAAUUGGUGCGGUGCUGUCCCAAAAUGGACGGCCCUUUGCUUAUUUCAGUUAA